GUCUCCAACAAUCUCAAAAUCGAUUCAUUUCCGCUCAAUUCAUGGUGGAAAACGUAUAGCUUGCAUCUUUUAGUGCAAAAAUUUUGCGAUUUUCUUUGAGAAUUUGUCGUAAUUCAUACCUAAUUAUAGAGAAAUAAUAGCGUAAAUCAUUUUAAAUAAUCAGAUAAGUUGUUUUAAACUAAUUCUCAUUGUAAAGAAAACGGGUUCGUUCGACGUAUGGUAGCCGUAAUGGAAGACAGGGCGUUGUCUCCACCAGGAUAGAUUUUAAGUUAAAUUUCUGGUUUAUUUAUCGAACAAUUGUGUCAUGCUACGAUUGUUUAAGAAGAAUUCAGCUGAAUUGACUCGAUUAUAGUGUUUUUAUUUGUAGUGCGACAAGUUUUAGGAUUUUUGAAAAUGCCGCGCAUCGAUCCCUUCCAGCUGUUGAAAUGCUUAUCAGUCUUGUUGGGUCCUGAAGGGGGCAUCCUUUCGCGAGACGAAGUACCACGCCUUGUCAACUUAAUGACUAAGUUUUCGAAAAAAUUAGUCAGCAAAUGUGUAUAUAUUUUGAUACUAAAAAGCACGGAACAAUCAUUAGUCAAUUUGUUUAUGGCUGAAGGUGGUUGGAAUUUGAUACACAAUUGGUUACAAGAUGCGAUACAUAUCUCAAAUUGGGAUCUUGUCAAGGAGAUCUUGAGCCUACUAUUAAUUACUCCUGUUGAUGUUGAAAGAUUGAAGUUGAACAAUAUCCCAAAAUUGGUUAAAAGUUUAUCCAAACUUGAUGAAGUUAAAGGAGUUCAAGAGUUGUCCACUCAACUUGUACACGAUUGGUUAGUUAUAGUUAAAGGCAAUAAUAAAUCUGAAGAUGCUGCGGUAACCCAAGCUGUAGAAGCAAUAAAGACUGAAAAUGACGCGUCUGGCACGCCUGUUAACUCUGAUAACAUUGACACUGUAGAUAGUUCACAAAUAAAAACAUCAGAUGAUCCACCAGAUGAAGCAAUAGCAACAAAUACAUUUUAUAAAGUUACUGUCCGAGAUGGUAAACAGGUAAUCAGUAGAACAGCUUCUGUUGACGGCACGAAUGAGUCUCCAACAGAAGUAGCUUCUGCUGAACCACCCCCAGAACCGGCUGAAAUUAAGAAAGAAAUAAAAGAAGAGAAAUCUGAUGAUAAAAAAUCAAGCGAUAAAAGUAAAUCAAAAAGUCGGUCUAGUUCUUCAAAACAUAGCUCAUCAAGUCGAUCAAAAAGCAGUAGUAGUAGCAAAAGCAGCAGUAGUAAAGAUAGGCAUAAAUCUAGCAGUUCUAAAAGUAGUAGUAGGGAUAAAGACAGAGAUAGGGAUAGAGAUAAAACGAAAAAAGAUCACAAAGCUAAUGGAGCUAAAGUCACUACUAGUAAAGAUAAAACUGAAUCUAAAGAGAAACAAGCGGAGAAAGAUAAAGACACUCUUGCCAAGAUCAAACCGCAAAGUAUUGAUAAAUUAGGCCGAAUUCCCAAAAAGACUGACGACAAAACGAAAGAAAAUAAAGAAGUUAAAAAACCCACUAUGUCUAUUGAGGUCAGGAAAAAUGCCGAAGAGCGUCCUAAAACAGUGAAAGUCUUCAAUUCAAAGCGGCGUUCAACCGGUUUAGAGGAAGAAGCGAAACCGCCCCCACCUAGACCCACAAAGAAGCCGCCAGUUGUACUACCCAGCAUUCCUCAGAAGAGGGCGUCGCCUGUUAAGGAGUUACCAACACCCCCAGAGAAGAAAUUUAAAAUGGAAAUACCGGAACGACCAGGGGCCAUUAAACUAAUACCCCCAAAACCAAAACCGCCUGUGUUGCAAGAAAGCGACAUUUUCAUGGACGCUCUUGCAGCUUCAGCGACGUCGAAAAAAGAGCCCAAGAAGCGAAAACGACGCCCGAGUGUCACAAAAGACACUCCAAGUUCCCCAACAACGCAAGAGCCCCAAACCCCAACAUCUCCCGUCACCUCACCCAUCGGUUUGAAAAAUAUUGCGGCGCCGAACUUUUAUCAAGAUACGUUACAAACGGAACAAAGUGAAGAAAAAGAUGAAAAUAAAGAAGAAAUUGAACGAUCAGGGACUCCGAUCGAAGAGGAAGAGCGCCCGAGGACGGAGGGGGGCCUUAAAGGCGUUUUGGUCUACACCAAGAAGAAAGGUCCGAAAAAGUCGGUCAAAUUCAACGAUAAUAAUUUAACACAAGUCCGCUUUUUCGAAUUGGACGAAACGGAGAGAGUGAAUGUGACUAAGAAUUUCAUGGAUAUGGCCAAGAUGGAGAUGACGAGUGAGCGAGAGGCGUUGCAAAUGUCACGGAAACUGCCUAACGAGGACAUAAUGGAGCCCCAAACGAUGUGGAGGCUGCCUUACAUAAUCGAUUUACCUGAUCCUCUAGCAGCCCCCGGGUGCAAAAGCCUGGAGAAGGACAUACAAUUCGCUCGCGAAAAGAGUGUCCUUCAAGCCCUCUACUUCGACAAGAGGAAAAUUCCGGAUAGUCCGGAAGAACCAGUCCCGGAAACGCACCAAAUGAGCGACCCCAUCAACAUUCCACUUGAAGACGCAGAUAGCCAAGAAAUGGACUUGCGGAACACCCCCUGGCCGGAGCCGAAGGGGUCGCCGCCACCAAUGCAGGACAAUCUGCCCCCUCAGAUAUUCUCCAACAUGGCGGUGCCUUUCCAAAGCUUCCAGCCCCCAGCAUUUCAAGGAAUGCCGCCGAGGUUUGGGCCCCAGAACGGGCCGGGUGUUUUUGGGGGUCCUCCUAAUAUGAUGCCGAAUGGGAAUAUGAUGGGGCCUCCGCCGGAUAUGAUGCAUCAGGGGCCCCUCAACCCUAAUGCUUUCGGGCCGGAGAAUUUCAAUCCGAUGAUGAAUGACAAUAAUUUCCAAAUGCCGUUUAACCCCCCGAAUAUGGGGAUGUUUCCGCCGAAUAAUUUUAAUAUGAAUAGAGGAAGAGGAGGAUUCAGGAGAGGGGGUAACAAUGGACCAUGGAUCAGGAUGAAUGGUCCCGGAAACUGGAAUCGGGGAGGGGGCAGGGGACGUUUGUGUAAAAAUGUGAAAAAUCAUGGAUAUUGUAGAAAUAUGGAUAAGUGUCCAUUUAUACAUCCUAAAUGAGCGACUUUUGAGGGUUUUAAUUCGAUUUAAGUGUUCUUGUGAUAUAGAUAAGAGUGUAAUUAUAAACAUUUUGUGAUUUUUUUAAGUGUAGCCGACUUUUUUGAAGUACAAAUUACUUAAACGUAGUUGUGACAUAUUUGAUGAGGAUGUUGUCAUCCAUUUUAAUUUAUUCAAUUGUGAUUUAGCGCUAGAAUGAAUGAGAUAAUCUGUACAGUACUAUAUCACCAGUGUAAAUAAUAAUUAUUAGGUAUAUUUUAAAUAUGUAAAGAGUAAGAUUUUGUAAAAUACAUUUUGAUGUUAAUUUUUUUCAAACAAAGUUAAUAUAAUGUUAAUAUUAAUACAAAUGGAUAUUUGUUAGUGACAUUAAUUUUAUACCUACAUUGCUUUUAAGAGCGAUUAUUUUCAUUUUUUCAAAUAAAUUUUAUAGGCACAGAAUUUAACAGUUA